AUGGAGAGCCUCCCUGCCGAUAUGCGCUCCACACUGCCACCUGGUGCCGACGCAGACGUUGACGAGUUCAAGGCCUCGUUGAUGUGCGCAAAGAAAAAAUCAAAGCCAAAGAAGGCCAUGCCUGCCGAGAUGCAAGAGGACCAUCUUAUGUCAUCGGACCCGCUUGGCCAGAAAAAUACGCAUGCCCCCAUGGCUGCAGACGUAGCGUCGGUAGCCCAAGAGCGGGAUGCAAAAUAUGCAAAGAAUCCUGAGCUGUCAGGCGAUAGGAAAAAGUAUUCCAUCGUCCCUCCGAGCAUCCACCGUGAAGGAAACAAAAAAACCCUUUUUGCUAAUCUUGCCGAGAUCUGCAAGCGAAUGAAUCGCCCCCAGGAGCAUGUGACUAUGUUUCUUUUUUCUGAGCUUGGCACGACAGGCUCCACAGAUGCCAAGCAACAGUUGAUCAUCAAGGGCCGUUUCCAACAAAAGCAGAUUGAAAACGUACUCAAGCACUACAUUAUGGAAUAUGUGACAUGCAAGACAUGCAAGUCGCCCAAUACCAUCCUGAAACGGGAGCACCGGCUCUUCUUCCAGCAGUGCGAAGCCUGUGGCUCGACGCGUUCCGUAUCAGCAAUCAAGACGGGCUUCAAAGCACAAACAGAAAAGCGCGCCUCGCAGCGCAACCGGGAAGCAUCCUAA